AUGCUCAGUGUCCUGAUUCUCGCCCUACUCUGCAGGGGGUCCCUGUCCCAGCUGUCCGGAUUUAACCUAACGGUGCCACCGUCGGUGUCGGUGCAGGAGGGUCUCUGCGUUCUCGUCCCCUGCAACUUCACAUACCCUGCCUCAUCCAACACCUACAAUUCCUGGGACUACAAUCCCCGGGCCCGGCUCUACGGAUACUGGUACAAGGAUCAGGCCAAUGAGAGCCAAGAUCCGCCCGUGGCCAGCAGUGACCCCAGCCGGGGGGUGUCGCAGGAGACCCAGGGACGGUUCCGGCUUGCGGGGGAGCUGGCGUAUGGCGACUGCUCCCUGCUAAUCAGUGAAGCGCAAUGGAGGGACACAGGGAGAUAUUACUUCAGAUUCAAGAAAGGGAGAUUGAGAUACAGUUACCUCUUCAAUUCCGAUGGCACUAACACUAUACUCACGAUCUCCGUUCCAGACCCGCCCAGGCCCCCCAACAUCACCGGGACCCUGACCAGGAACGGACGCCCAGUGCCAGAUGCGUGGGGAGCUGAGGGCGACGUCGUGUCUCUGGAGACCCAGGAGGGCGACUCCCUGAACCUGAGCUGUGAGGCUGGGAGCAGAGCCGAGACCACCCUGAGCUGGGCCAAGGGGAAUGAGUCACUGAGCCCCAGCCAGGGAGGGGCCGGGUGCCUGGAGCUGCCGAAUCUCAGCCGAGGGGACGCUGGGGAGUAUCGGUGCUGGGCGAAGAAUUCCUACAUGUCGGCCAGCCGGGCCCUGCGUGUGCACGUGCAGAAUCCCAGAACCCUGGUGGUGAACGGUUCACAGCUCUCGGCCUGGGAGGGCGACUCCCUGCGGUUCCUCUGCUCCGUCGCCAGCAGCCCCCCCGCUGCGCUGCGCUGGGUGAAGGGGGGCCGAGCCGUCAAGGGCGCCAGUCCUGCGGGGGAGAAUCAGCUGCGGCUGGAGCUGCCCAACGUGACGGCCGAGGACGGGGGGCUGUACGGGUGCUGGGCCCAGAACAAGGAGAGCUCUGCCCAAGGGACGUUCCAGCUGCUUGUCGAGUACAGCCCCCGGCCGGGGACUGGGCUGAACUCGUCCUGCCAGCGCCAGGGGCCCAGCAUCAACUGCAGCUGCUCCCUGCGCUCCCACCCCCCACCCUGGCUUCAGUGGCAGGUGGAUGGGGAGCCCCUGACUGGGAACAGCUCGCAGGAGGCCCUGCAGCUCAGCUCGUGGGCCCAGGGGGACGAGGCCUCCAGCACCCUGAGCUGGACGGGGAGCGGGGACGGUGGCCCCAGAAUCUUCUGCCUCGGUUUCAACCCCCACGGGACCUACACCGCCCUGCACUUUGACUUCAGCCCCCCACGGAGAGGUGCGGAGGAGCCUGGCAAGCUGCUGGGCGUCGGGGUGGCCUGUGGGCUGGGGGUCGCCAUCGGCUUCGUCCUUCUCGGGCUCUGUGUGAUCAAGCUGCGGGGCUGGGAGCCGGCGCCCCCCAGCACUGAGGCCGGGGAAACAACUAACGGGAGCCAGGCCGAGCUCAUGGCCGACGACGCCAGCCUGAUCUACAGUAACGUCCCCACCAUGCCCAUGCAUCAGAAGACUCCAGCCACCCACCGGACCAAAGGCAUCCAGGACAAGGCUGCAGCAGCAAAGGUCCCACUAGGCCCUGGGAAGCUGGAGGAGCUGCACUACGCCGCCAUCGACUUCUCCAAGCUGCAGUGCAAAUGGGGGGAGCCCCCAGAGGCCCCUGACACAGAAUAUUCUGAAGUCCGGCUGAAAUAG